AUGGCUGCCAGUGCAUCUGGUCCUCAGAUCUUCGACGAUGCCAACCGAUCUCCCGGCAAGACGUCCAUGUUCCGGGCCAUAAUGUCGCCCAAGAGUCAUAAACGAAACCAAUCGGCCGACGAUGCCGUGGCCCCGCGACCUCUGCAGCGAAACAAGCCAUCCGAGAAUACAUAUCCAUUUGGUGACAACUCGACUCCCCUGGACGGGUAUCAUCCGCUGGGUGAGAUCGUCCCCAACAGAGAUGCGGGGGACAACGGAGUCUCCGCCCCAAAGAUGGACAAAAUGCCCAAGGGGCCCAUGCAUAAGAAGACAAAGAGUGCUGUCUCUCUGAAGUCAUUGCGAAGUUACAUGGAGCGGAAGGAUGGGAAGUCAGAGGAGCAAGCGAAUGAAGGAGAGGUGUUGUCUCCCAAGAAGGCUAAAUCAUCCACCAGUCUCUCGGCCAUCCUCAAGCGAUCCCAGCGUGGGCGCAAGGGCGAUGGAUCGAAGCAGUCUCGCGACAAGGAGAACCGCAGCCCAACUGACUUGAUCGAUAAUAUGCCCUACCCAAUGUGGGGUGGGGAUGGGCCUCACGACGCACCAUCCGCUCAUCGAGAGUCUGUCGGUCGACCGAGGCCCACCUCGACUAUUGACACACGACGAACUAUGGCGGAGGAAGUCUCCCUUUACACCCCCAAAGGAUACGGCCCAUCCCAGCAACGCAACUUUUACGACUACCACCAACCAUCGAUCACGAGAGGCAGUGAUACGAAGCCUCGUCCGAAGUCUGACAUUCUGACUGGCAAUCGGAAGGUGAAGGAUCUCUUUAGUUUGCAACGCGCAACGUCGCGGGAAAAUGAGUCUGCUGCACAAGCCGACAAUGUUUCUAUUAAGAGCAGAGGACCUCCCAGUCCUCGGAAAGCGGCUCCCCCUUCGGUGAAAGAGGAGCCUAAGCGGUUGUCUCGUGUGCAGGCCGCCAUCUCCGUGUUCAACGCAAAAGAGAGAGAUGCGGAUGUGCACCAGCAUUUGAACUCGAAGGAUCUCGAGAGCGAAUUCGAAAAGUUGCUGGAUGCGAGAAAUAUUCCCCAUAACAUGCGAGACAAGAUGCGAUCACUCGACACCAACAUCAAGGCGGACUUUAUUCAGAAGGAUAGAACGGAGAAUACUCCCCUCAGUGCAGGGACCGGUGACAGUCGCCGAGGUCGCGGAAAAGAAUCGCAGGACAACCAAUCUCAAGAUCGGAAGGGCUCGCGCUCACGGUCUAGAAGUCGCGGAUUUACCCUGACCAAAGGUCCAUCCUCACCGGGUAAGAAGAUACGGCGGGACAGUGAAGCCUCCAACCGUCGUCCAAAAUCCGUCGACUUGUCCCAGCCUGUUGGUGUCUAUACGACCCUCUCAGCUGCGGGUUCUACUGCGUCACUUGCUGAGGCGGCAGCUGUUGAUACUGCAGCGGAUCCUUCUGACUUUGUACACUACCUGCGAGAGAUCCAGAAGCCUGAGAUGGUGGAAGUUGGUAAGAUGCACAAACUGCGCCUUCUUCUUCGCAACGAGACUGUCCACUGGGUCAAUGGUUUCAUCAUCGAGGGGGGUAUGGAUGAGAUUGUGCAGCUUCUCUACCGAAUUAUGAACAUGACCUGGAGAGAGGAUCACGAAGAUACACUUUUGCACGAGGCACUGCUUUGCCUGAAGGCUCUUUGCACCACUUCUGUCGCCCUGGCUCAUCUCUCAUCCAUUGAAGAUGAGCUCUUCCCCGCGCUGCUGAAAAUGCUUUUUGAUGAGGAGAAGAAGGGCCCUAGCGAGUUCACUACGCGAGGGAUCAUUGCCAACCUACUGUUCACCCAGCUUUCCACUGCUCCCGCUGGUGAGAUGGCAGUCAGGCGCACUAGGCAGAUCCUCGGCUACCUGCAUGACCCGGCGCCACCAGAGGGCAACCAGCCGCUCUCCUUCAUUGCCAAUAUCUACCAAUCCCGGCCAUACCGUGUGUGGUGCAAGGAAGUCACCAACGUUACCAAGGAGGUGUUCUGGAUUUUCCUGCACCAUCUGAAUGUCAUUCCCCUCCCCAAGACUGAGGACACGUCUGGUGAAAAGUCACCGGAAGACACUCGCCCCUAUGUUGAACGUCACUUCCCACCCCCUCGUGCUCCCGUCCCAGCUGCUCCUUACGUUGGUGGUGUCGAGUGGGAUGCAACGAACUACCUCGCCGCACACCUCGAUCUUGUGAACGGCCUUAUUGCCUCUCUUCCCUCCCCAGAUGAACGUAACCAACUCCGCACCGAGCUCCGCUCCUCCGGCUUCGAGAAAGUCAUGGGUGGCAGCUUGCGCACCUGUAAGGAAAAGUUCUACUCUUCCGUGCAUGACUGCCUGCGCACCUGGGUUGCCGCCGCCGCAGACGAUGGCUGGCCAUACACCUUCGUUCGCGAAGGCCCACCUCGCGCUGGCGAGCCCGGAUCCCCUACCAAAUCCCCGAAGAAGGUAGCCCCAGGUAGCCCGAGGAAGGGUUUAGUCGAUGAGCGACCCCCAAAGCUCGAGUUAGCCCUCGACUUCUCCGAUAAUCGUCCAGCUCCAGGCCCGGCCACCCCGUCCAGCGACCUGCGCAGCUGGCUCUAA